GGGUAGCAAACAACUGGACAUCCAUGUGUCCUCCACGUUGGCUGCCUUCCUUGCCUUGAUCACCUGAGAAGGAUCCCAACUGCUUAUUCAGAGUUGUCUCUUUGGUGACAUUGGCUAUUCAGAACUGUCAUUUCAGGGCUCAAGAGGAUCUGUGGGGCUCUUUCCUGUUUUCCUUCUGGGUGUUCCUGGACAUGAGUACAUCUCAUUGAAAGAUUUCCACCUCUACCUACAGACAAAGGAAAAGCUCAGAGCACCUCAGUCCACUGUGCCAACAGGACGUGAAUGACUCACUACUUCUUGCUUACUACCUGAAGUCAACCAAAUAGAAGUUCACAGGACCCUUCAUAGAAUCCAUUGAUCGUACCGUGACCAAGGACAUUUUGCAUGACCAAUGAGCGGCCACCCCCUGAAGGAGAUGUCUGAAACUCACAGCAGUCCUCUUCUGGCAGAGCCUCUUUCCAGCAGAUACAAACUCUAUGAGUCUGAGUUACCCAGCCCUACCUGGCCCUCCAGCCCUCAGGAUACAUACCCGGCCCUGCCCCUCCUGGAAAUGCCUGAAGAAAAGGAUCUCCGCUCAUCCAACGAAGGGAGCCACAUUGUGAAAAUUGAAAAGCCCAAUGAAAGGAGUAAAAGGAGAGAAAGUGGGGCAGCCCCUCGGGGCUCGGCAGGCCGGGGAGGCAUCAGCCUCUUCCAAGCAGUGAGCUACCUGACAGGCGAGAUGAAGGAGUGCAGGAGCUGGCUGAAAGAUAAGCCGCUGGCCCUGCAGUUCACAGACUGGGUCCUAAGGGGGACUGGCCAGGUGAUGUUCGUCAACAACCCUCUCAGCGGGUUCAUCAUCUUCAUAGGGCUCCUGAUCCAGAAUCCCUGGUGGACGAUUGCUGGGGGUCUGGGGACAGUGGUCUCGACCUUAACUGCCCUUGCCUUGAGCCAAGACAGGUCCGCGAUCGCCUCCGGACUCCACGGGUACAAUGGGAUGCUGGUUGGACUGCUGAUGGCCGUGUUCUCCAAGAAGUUUGACUAUUACUGGUGGCUUCUGUUUCCCGUGACCUUCACCUCGAUGGCCUGCCCAGUUCUUUCUAGUGCCUUGAACUCCAUCUUCAGCAAGUGGGACCUCCCAGUUUUUACGCUGCCCUUCAACAUCGCGGUGACCCUAUACCUGGCGGCCACAGGCCACUACAACCUCUUCUUCCCCACAACACUAGUGGAGCCCGUGUCUUCGGUGCCCAACAUCACCUGGACGGAGAUCGAAGUGCCCUUGCUGCUACAAGCCAUCCCCGUCGGGGUUGGCCAGGUGUACGGCUGCGACAAUCCCUGGACAGGUGGUGUGUUCCUGGUGGCUCUGUUCAUCUGCUCGCCACUCAUCUGCUUGCAUGCAGCCAUUGGCUCCAUCGUGGGGAUGCUAGCAGCCCUGACAGUGGCCACGCCCUUUGAGAGGAUCUACAUGGGCCUCUGGAGUUACAACUGCGUCCUCGCCUGCAUUGCCAUCGGGGGCAUGUUCUACGCCCUCACCUGGCAGACCCACCUGCUGGCCCUCGUCUGUGCCCUGUUCUGUGCGUACAUGGGAGCAGCCCUCUCCAACAUAAUGGCAGUGGUUGGUGUACCACCAGGCACCUGGGCCUUCUGCCUCUCCGCCCUCAUCUUCAUGCUCCUGACAACCAACAACCCCGCCAUCUACAAGCUGCCCCUCAGCAAGGUCACCUACCCAGAGGCCAACCGCAUCUAUUAUCUGACCUUGAAAAGCACUGAAGAAGAGAAGUCCUCCAGCGGCAGCAGCGGGGAGCAGCCAGUCAUCACGAGCCCCAAGGCCGAUGAGGGCUCUGAGGCCGUGCUCCCUAAGCCCAGGAGCGUGUUCCACAUCGAGUGGUCAUCCAUUCGGAGGAGGAGCAAAGUGUUUGGGAAAGGUGAACACCAAGAGAGACAAACCAAAGACCCUUUCCCCUAUCAGUACCGGAAGCCCACGCUCGAGUUGCUGGACCUGGACACCAUGGAGGAGAGCGCCGAGAUAAAGGUGGACACGAGCAUCUCCAGGACUUCCCGGAUGCAGAGUUUCCUGGCUGCCAGCGGGAAAAGGAUCAGUAGCGCCCUCAGUUACGUCACAGGAGAGAUGAAGGAGUGCGGAGAGGGGCUCAAAGACAAAUCCCCCGUCUUCCAGUUCCUGGACUGGGUGCUCCGGGGCACGUCCCAGGUGAUGUUCGUGAACAACCCCCUCAGCGGCAUGCUCAUCAUCCUCGGCCUCUUCGUGCAGAACCCCUGGUGGGCCAUCUCGGGCUGCCUGGGCACCGUGACGUCCACCCUGACCGCCCUCAUCCUCAGCCAGGACAAGUCGGCCAUCGCAGCAGGACUGCAGGGCUACAACGGGGUGCUGGUGGGGCUGCUGAUGGCCGUGUUCUCGGACAGAGGCGACUAUUAUUGGUGGCUCCUGCUCCCGGUCAUCGUCAUGUCCAUGGCUUGCCCCAUCCUCUCCAGUGCCCUGGGCUCCAUCUUCAGCAAGUGGGACCUCCCAGUGUUCACGCUGCCCUUCAACAUCAUGGUGACCCUGUACCUGGCGGCCACGGGGCCCUACAACCUCUUCUUCCCCACGACCCUGCUGCAGCCUGCCUCCUCGGUGCCCAACAUCACCUGGUCGGAGGUCCAAGUGCCUUUGCUUUUGAGAGCCAUCCCUGUUGGAAUCGGCCAAGUGUACGGCUGCGAUAACCCCUGGACCGGAGGCAUUUUCCUCAUCGCCUUGUUCAUAUCGUCACCUCUUAUCUGCUUGCACGCUGCCAUUGGAUCCACCAUGGGGAUGUUAGCAGCUCUCACGAUCGCAACGCCCUUUGACUCCAUCUACUUCGGCCUGUGUGGCUUCAACAGCACGCUCGCCUGCAUCGCCAUAGGGGGCAUGUUCUACGUCAUCACCUGGCAGACGCACCUCCUCGCCAUCGCCUGCGCACUGUUUGCAGCCUACCUGGGUGCUGCCCUGGCCAACAUGCUGUCUGUGUUUGGAUUACCGCCCUGCACCUGGCCCUUCUGCCUCUCGGCGCUAACCUUCCUGCUCCUGACGACCAACAACCCUGCCAUCUACAAGCUUCCACUCAGCAAAGUCACCUACCCAGAGGCCAACCGGAUCUAUUACCUGUCCCAGGAGAAGAACAGAAGACCAUCAACCAUAACAAAGUACCAGGCCUAUGAUGUCUCCUAAGUUGCCCUUUCCAAAACACAUCACUGUAAAUUCAGCCUUCAGCAGGCUGUGCAGGUCCCCAAGCUGAAGGCCACUUCACCUCCCCUGCUGUCCGUCUAUGAUUCUCCCCCAGCAAGCCUAACCCCACUUAUUCCCAAGCACAGGGAAAUAUUGUGUAGUCACCAUUCAGGAACCUCUCUGUUCUAAGAAACACAAUGCUUAUCAAAGACAUGAUUAGUUUAGACUUUGCUCAACUCACUGCAGAAGAGCUUCCUUUGAGGGGAGUUUUUCCUUUUCUGCAAAAUAAGCCACAUCCCUAAAGAGAACUCACCAAGAAGGGGACAGUAGUUGGUGACAUGUCAUCCAACUCGUCAUCUAAUGCAGCGAUGCACAGUGUCAGGAAA